CAUGUGUAAACCCGGCGCUUGAUUUAAUUUUUUGCAAUGCAAACAAAUACAAAAUAUACAAAUAUUUUUGAUUAUAUUUUUUAAAAACAAAUGGAGCAUUGCAAGGAAUUCGACGAUAUUAAGACAGUGUUAACUUACUGCAAUAAUAAUGUACAAAAAUAUGUCAACCUUGGUUUUCGAAGUGGUAAUGACAGAAUUGUGAACGAAAUCAGUAAACGCAUACAGGAUGUACUUCUCGAACAACAUCACUUAUCGAAAGCCUUGGAGCCAUUACCAAAAUCUUAUACUGUCCUACGUAAAGUACUAUUGUUUUUGGUGCUUAAUUCAGAUAUCCCACGUAAAUCUGAGUGUGACAUAUUUAAAAACUUAGCACAUGUAAGUGAUUUGUGCCCAUUAUUGCCGAAAUUUUUGUUAAUAGCUAUAAUAUGGGAACUAAAAUUGGAUAACUUUCUUUACGAAUUAAUUUCGUACACUCCUUGUUGGUUUACGUAUCCAUUAAUAGAAAUUAUUUUAGAGUCAUUAAGGUACAUUGAUGAUGUAUGUGAAGUAUUGGAAAAAGGUGAACAUGUCAUACGUGCUAUGUACAAUAGUCUUACCAACACAAUAAAUUAUGCAUGUGACCAGAAGGCUACAGUGAAAAUAAAUAGUCAGUUUUACGAAUUAAUAACAAGAAUACUACAAAGAAUUUUUAGCCCACCAGACAAUGAAAAUAUAAAACGGAAGAAAGCUAAUGCCCGUAAAUCAGGAUAUUUAGUUAAGCACAUAAUAAAUUUAAUCAGUUUUGCUUACAAUGCGCACUGCAAUCCAGACUCCUGUAUGCCAAAUAAAGACAUAGAUUUUUAUGAUAGAUUUCUACAUGUAAAUUUGGCUGAAGGCGAUGCUGAUGAUAGAAAGGAAGUUGAAAAAAACGUACAGGAACUGCAGUCGAUGGUUAUUACAGCUUUGCUCAACACUUUGGAAAUAAAUGUAAUAGAGGUAAAUAUUGAUACAUAUAUGUACUGGGCCGAAAUCGAUGUACCUAAUGACGAACACUUGCAAGCUGAAGUAGGCAAACUAGCUUAUGAUAUGAAGGAAAAUUUAAAAACCUCAAAUUUCAUUGAACAUAAUGUUUUUGAAAAAAUUGACUUUAUGGUCAAUCGUCCCGUUAGCUUAGAAGAAGACUUAAAUAACGCCGCAAUUAAUGAUGAACUGCAAAAUGCGGAACGUAAUACUACCAAUGAAAUUAAGAAUGAAGUAAAGUUGGAUGAAAUUAAUGAUGAACUGCAAAAUGCGGAAUGUAAUACUAACAAUGAAAUUAAGAAUGAAGUGAACUUGGUUGAAAUUAAUGACGAAAUGCAAAAUGCGGAAUGUAAAACUAACAAUGAAGUUAAGAAUGAAGUGAACUUGGAUGAAAUUUUGAAAAAAGCAACAAUUAAUGAUAUACUGCAAAAUUUAGAAGGUAAUAAAGCUUAUGAAAUUAAGAAAUCUUGGUUCGAGGAACUCUUUAAUAGAUCUUCUAUUGCAUUUGGCAACGAUGAAUGCAUUGACGCAAUCAAAAUGAAUCUUAAAUUGAUGAGCACAGAAAAAUGUAAAGCUAUUCUGGAUUUUAUUAAAGAUGAUUUAAAACGUAGCCAAGAAGAACAAAUUGUAUGUGAAUUAAAUGAUUACAUGGAUUUGGAUACAGAGAACUAUGAAGAGUUGGGAACUAUUAUAUUGCGAACGUUGCGCAAUUUAAGCAAUGAUUCAAUAAUAGAACUGCUCAUUUAUCAACGCCAACUGUUUGGCGAAAAUGCGAAUAUUUGUUGUCAAAAUGACGAUUUUCAUUUGCGUUCCAUGCAAUUUUUUAAAGAAAACUUUGAUUUUCAGAAAUUUCUUAUACUGUGCUUUGAAAAUCCAGCAAAAGUGUGGAGUAUGUUUAUCGAUUGGUCGUUCCGCAAUAUUGCUCAUAUCAACAGCUUCUGUACAACCGUAAAAAAAACAAGUCCUUUCUUAACUGAAUAUCUGGAAAAUCAUUUUAAUGAAACUCUACUUGAUCCAGACAAAGUAAAACAAACACAUUUUCCCACUUUACUUUCCCAAAUUUAUAUCGAACUGUAUUACCCUGACCGUAAGUUGGACUUUUUUAAACACAUAAACAACUUUGUACCAAAAUGUUUGGAAGAUAAAGAUUUUGAAGCAUUGCUUCCAUUUAUAAAUGCGCUUAAAAAAAUCGGGAUGCAUGGAAAAACCUCAAACCCUGAGCUAUUUAAUUUUGAAGAUAUAACUCCUCCAGUAUUACUAAUGAUAGGACUAAUUUUGGAUGUAACACGUUGGGACUUAAUCACUUACUCAGAUGCCCGUUAUAAUGUUGCAGAGGAGUGCAUCAGUUUAAUUAAUGGAACUGCAGAAACAUUUGUACCAAUACUUACUGAAAAAGAACGAAAGUGGAUUUCUGAAGGAAUUGCUAAGAACUCUUUUCGUCUCCUCACUCAGUUCUAUUUUCAAAAGUAUAUACUAUUAAAAGACCAAUCGCCACUUAAUUUUCAUGAGUUUGUGAUACCAGAAUCACCAGCAAACACUGAAGAAGCAUACAUUGCUCUGCUUUAUCAUUACGUGCGCUGUACAAAAAGUGAAAUGAUGCAAUUAAUGCACAAUAAACUGCUUUUAACAAAUUUAACACAAUGUACACUUAAACUUGGCAGAAUUGUUGAAGAGAAAGAACAUCUAAAUGCCCUAGACAACUACGUUAAUUGCAUCGCCAUAUAUGCGGAUAUUGUACAGAAGAUAGUAUUAGUAGAACACGAAGAGGACAAGAAUGAAUUGCGAAAAAUAUUAAUAGAUUUGUUUAAAGUAAUAGAAUCUACACCGGAUGCGGUUUAUGAAACAGUUUUUUUAAAUUUGCUAGAUUUACUAACAAAAACUGCAAAGCAUUGUAUACCUUUAGAUCAAGCUGAACGUAAAAAUUUGUUACAGACUAUCGUUGAUUUAAGGGACUGUAAUGCUAAGACAUUGUUUCUAAACAAGUUCGAAACUUUAUCACUAGAACAUAAUAAUUUCAUGAAGAAAUCAUUUUUAUUCGAAACGUUGAUUGAUUUUGAAAAUUUGAUUCUCAAACGUUUAACUUUGUCCAAGAUAAAAAUGGAUUUUUUGAAAAAACAGAAAAAGAAACUUACUAACAGUAAAGUAAAUCAACCGAACUACCAACCCAGUAAUGCAUAUUCAAAUGCAUCAGGUACAACAAAUACAACCAUAACGCUGCUGGAUAACUCCAGUAUAAGUGGUUGCUCAACAAUCACGAACGGUUCCAGCGUAACGACACCAUCUCCAAGCGCAUCCUCCACCGGGCUAUCACCUGUGUUAAAUGGAACAGACAUACAUGAAUAUCUUAUAUUUAACUACGCUUUUGGUGAUUUUGAGAAAUGUAACCAUCAAAACUAUAUAACCUGUGAGGAAGUUUGUCUACGGUUAAGCCGAAAAUUAAAAAUUUUACCUGCAACUCGUCUACUAUUUGGUUUACGCGCUUAUGAUUCAGAAGACGGAUGGAUUGCACCAGGCAAACAUAUUAAAUAUGGUGUACGCUACGUGUUUCGUAUGCGCUUCAAAGUACCUAAUUCCGAGCUACAAUUGCAAACGCUAGAUCACAAUGCCUUUGAGUAUUUAUACAGACAGAUGAGGCACGAUAUGGUGCAUGAGUGCAUACCAGAAAUACGUUAUCCUGCAGAAAAAGAUAAAGUUAUGGGUUUGGGUGUUGUAGAUAUGUACAUUGACUUAUUAGAGGAACGUGAAAGUGUAGAGCGUAUUGCAGCCAAUUGCGAGCGAUAUGUGCCACGUAAACUCGUAAAAGCACAUAAAGUAUUUGUGAAACCAAAAAUUUGCACCAGUUUCCAUCAGUUUAGGCAGAGAAAUGUUAGUCUGGGCACUGCUAAAUGGACUUACGUUCGUGAAAUACUCAACCUUGCUUCCAACUAUUUGUUGGAAACGUAUGAUGCUCUUGUUGAAUAUAUACCAAAUGAUGAUCUAGCCGCAAUAAGUGAUGCUAUGACUGAGGCCCAAGUACGCGUAAAGCUGGACUUGUACGACACACUAGAGCCUAGCUUAAAAAUUGCUAGAAUUGCACCACAAAAUAACUUAAAGUGGACACCACUUGCAAAUUUGGGCAAAAUAUAUGCAGUAUCUAUUGAAGAUUCACAUUCUUUGCGUUUGGAAAUAACAGAAUUUCCCAGUGGCUACAGUUUAAAAUUUAAAACACCGAUUGAUUUGGAAUCAUUUAUAACCUAUCUCGCUGGCUAUGUAAGGCUCACUUCGAAGUGGAUGUUGGAUUUAUGUGCACAAUACCCAACUCCGUCAUUGCAAGAGUUAUUAGAACUUAGGUGUCAUGGACCGAUAGGUGGUAAUUUCUCUUUUGCUAAGUUGCGUGAAAAUAAUGACAAAGUUGGCAGUUAUCUUAUACGACAAUGCGAGAAGGAAUAUGACACCUACUAUAUUGAUAUAAACACAAAAUUUUCUGGUCUUCAGUCCGUAAAAUGUAAAACAGAAACAUUUAAAAUAAUUAAACAAAGCAAUACCCAGUGGGUAUUACACAAUAAUGAAAAUCUCAUCACAAUCGAUAAACUGGUGAAUGUGGCACAAUAUAUCGAAACUGAAACUCCUGAACGAUUUCGCAUUCCGCCAUCGAAAUAUGAAAAGCCCCCUUUACUUUUAAUAUGUUUACCAAAAGAAUUGCAAUCAAAAAAGACUGAAUCGGAAUUGAGCGAAGCUGAACUCCAACGUAAACGUGUACAAAUAUUUGAUCCCGUUGUUGAUUUGCAAAUGUAUAAAAACUCUAAACGUGAAUGUGACCAUGGCAAAAUGGCUCGUUAUCGUGCGGAUUGGAUACAACAAGGUAGAUUCAAGGAAGUUCCGGUGAUAUUGAAAGUUCUUAACAAAGACAAAGACUUUUUGGAAUUUCGAGAACUAGCAAAUAAAUGGAGUAAAAUAUAUUCACCACAUUUCUUGAAAUUAUACGGUUUGACACUUUCCACACCAUACACAUUAAUUAUGGAAAAUGCAGAAUAUGGACCACUUAAUGAAUUUCUGAUUCGUUGUGCACAGAAAGUAUCUGUUAAACCAUUACUUGAUGUAGUUGGCAGUUUAGUACGUGGUAUUUCAUACUUACAAGACUGUGGCAUUGUACAUGGCAACAUCCGUUGUUCUAAUUUAUUUGUUACCAAAUUUGACACUAAAAAUAAUUUCCUAGAAGUUAAAGUGGCAGACUCGGGCUUAACCCGACCGUACUCUAAUGCCGAUCUACCUUGGAUACCAUUUGAAUACUAUUCCGAUUUGAAUGCUGCUAAGAAUGAUCCCACCACUGACUUCUGGGCCUUUGCGACUACUGUUUGGGAAAUAUUUGCGCGUGGAAAACCGCUUCAAAACUUAUCGGCAUCUUCUUUGCGUGCAAAUUAUAAUCGUUAUGGUGGUAUAUUGCCUGUACCUAGUGAGGACUGUCCAGAAGAUAUGUACAAUCAUACAAUGAUGGAUGGAUGGUGUCAAGAACCUGACAAACGUUUCGAUCAUCAUAAAAUCUUCAAAGAUUUAAUUCAUAUCAAAAAUAGUCUUGUUUAUGAAACACUAGAUUGUGAAACAUGUAAAGAUUUGGAGUCCGAACUAUUUGAUCUACACGAAUCUACCUAUACAGAUACCGAUAUUGAUAUACCUUUACAUAAUGGGUACAUUUUCGAAGAAAAUAACUCAUUCACUCGUGAUAGAGUCCCUCUGUUGCGACAACAGCCUAGUUCUGCGCUGCAACAUAAUUUUAUGACAAAUCGGUUCAACGGUCGAGGUUACUUUGAUAGCACACCUUCUGUGAUCAGAGUGCCACAAGGAAAACUGAUAACCAAAAAGAAAAUUGGCGAAGGACAUUAUGGAACAGUAUUUUUGGGUGAACUGCGAUACAAUUCCGAAGAUGAGAAACGUGAAUUUGUCGCAAUUAAAACAUUAAAAAUAAACGAUCCCAAGCAGUUGGAUGAUUUUAACCGUGAAAUACAAAUUAUGGAGGAACUAAAUCAUCCAAAUAUUGUUAAAAUCAAAUUAUGUGUUCAAGAUCCUUUAUCUAUUGUUAUGGAGUAUUUAGAAAGUGGCUCUUUCAUAGUUUAUUUAUCGUCUCGCAAGCCCAACUUAACAAAUGAACGUUUAUUAAAUUUUGCACUGGAUAUUGCAAAUGGCAUGGACUACUUACGAAGUAAAAAUAUUAUACAUCGGGAUCUUGCUGCACGUAAUAUAUUAGUUGAUCGAGAUUGUGUGAAAAUUUCUGACUUUGGUUUAGCACAGUGGGUUAACUCCGAUGGUUAUUAUAUUGUACAAAGCUCUCGAGAUAUACCUAUUAUGUGGUAUUCCCCUGAGUCUUUAAAUACGAAUAAGUUCUCUUUCCAAUCCGAUGUCUGGUCAUUUGGUGUUACUUUAUAUGAAAUGUUUUCUCGUGGUGAAACACCUAAUUUAGACCCUGGAAUGAAAUUAGGAAAGGCCGAAAUUAUUAGUAGGCUCGAUAAAGGCGAUAGAUUGCGGAAACCUGAACAAUGUCCUGACGUAGUAUAUAACAAGUUAAUGUUGCCAUGUUGGUAUGCGAAUCCCAAAUCAAGGCCAACUUUUAAGUCGAUCAUAGAGGAAAUUCAGUCAAUUAAAAUGGAAAGUGGCGAAUACAUUUAAGUUUUAAAAUAAAAAGCAUUUCUUGUUCUAUACACUCAAUGAGAGUUAAAUACGACUUGCAAGUUGUAUAUGAAAGAGCUAGAAAUAAUGAACAUAUUGAGUGAUGAUUUUUAUUUUGAAAAUCAUGUAUUGAAUUAUUGUUAAUCUUAAAUAUUUUCACUUUAAAAAAACCAAAACUAAAAUUAUUUACUUUCGCAUAUUUGGUACAUUCAAUUCAAUGCGAAAUGCGAUAGAGAAAUAUUUAAAAUAGUUUAAACGUAAAAGUUGGCUACAAUCUCGUGACAUUUCUAUUUCUAAUUUAUGUGUUUAGCU